AUGGAGAAGAAUUUGAAGGUUCGAGGUAUUGCGAAAGAUGAAUUAUUUGGAGAGCGUGGAAAUGGAACACAGAAACUUGCAGAACACAGAAACUUGCAGAACACAGAGAGGCAACAGAACAUCGGCGUCGAAAACUGUACAUCGACAGAGCACAGACUCGGCCAGGUGCAGAGACGCCGAUGGAACAGACACGCCGAUGGAACAGACACGCCGAUGGAACAGACACGCCGAUGGAACAGAGACGCCGAUGGAACAGAGACGCCGAUGGAACAGAGACGCCAGGGAGGAACAAACAAGUGGAGGGUGCCCCAGAAAGGAAAUGGUACGUGUUUACAAGAAUGUGAAAGUGGUAUGAUUGUUGCUCUGGACGCGAUUGUGAUCGUGAGAGCAGAUAUUUCGUGUCGUACAAUCAUCAGUCCCCGCUCCAGACGGAUCAAACGCCGCGACCGCAAUCCUGAAGAGAAGCGCCCCCGAACUGCCUUUACUUCGGAGCAGCUGGCCAAGCUGAAGAAGGAGUUCGAGGACAACAAAUACCUGACGGAGAAGCGGCGACAGGACCUGGCCCGGGAGCUAGGUCUCAACGAAUCCCAGAUUAAAAUUUGGUUUCAGAACAAGCGCGCCAAGAUCAAGAAGGCGAGUGGACAGAAGACGGGCCUUGCCGUCCAUCUGAUGGCUCAGGGACUGUACAAUCACUCCACUGUACCUGUAGAGGAAGAUGAUCCCUACCUCUGCUAG